UGUCGUGCGAACCGAUCCGUUUCCAUCGCCGGGUGAAGUGCGCCGUCGUGAUCCUUCGAAAGGAGAGGAACGCGGACACUCUCGGUGCGUGAGUGCGUGUACGCGCGUUCGCAAGCUCCUCGUUAUCAAUCAGUCGUCUUAUCGCGCGUGCUGACUCGUCGUUGUCGACUCACGGCUCGGUGCGCUCCCGAGACGAUGAAGGUGAUGAUAACGACGAUGACAACUACGGUGAUAUAAUGAUGAUGAUGGUGAUGAUGACAGUGCCGGUGCCGGUGUUACGUUAAAUGAAAAACGGUGUCCGCCCAAUCACUGGCUGAUCUACUUGCGACUUUGAUAUAUAUUCUACGAAGGGAGAGAACGCGCGUCUUGUGAGUUAUAACGAUAAUGACAAUGCAACCAUCCGGACGUCUGCUUCACGUCAUCAUCGGUCAGCAGUCUUGUUCAUAUUUUCGUUUUAAUCGUGCAGCAAAUCGUACGAAUCGUAUCGAACGUAACAGCAAACGUUUUCAGUGAUGUAAUGACGAAGGUAUCAUAAUACGGAUUCGCUAUGACAUCUGCCGACGUCAUCAAACCCCUCAUCCACCUUUGCAUAAUAAUCGUGGGCAAUCGAGGGAUUUAUUAGGGUGUUGAUACGACUGUAUUGUAUAGUCGACGAAUCCGAUUUAUCCUCUGACAAUCCUCUUCCGCGUUGGUCCGCGUAUACGCUCGGGAAACCAGCGUUGACCUCAUCGCGACGGCGAUCGAUUGCCGUUUAAAAGCCUCUCGGGCGUUCAUACGCGCCUUGUCGCUGCACGCGCUUACGCGGCGUAACGAUCGCAUUGAGGAGAUGUUUCAAGACUUCGUCGCAGGAAGAACAUGUUUUCCUGUGUUCCACAAGAAGAGCAAAACUUCUGCGAAUCCAGAUUUCUGUAAUGCGUUUAUGGAAACCGAGAAAACUCGAUAAAUUUCCCUGACAUUUUUCGCGCGGAAAAUUGUGGACAACUGUGUUUUACCUAGGUAAAAGAUGUUUACGCUUUGUACGUGGAAAUAGACAGCGAACGCAAGGAUUUCCAGUGACUCGAAUCCCCGAGAAAGAAUCGAUCGGAUAACUGGAUCGCCGGUACGAGAGGCAGUCCAGUAGAAGAACUGUAGUCUAGUACAGUGAAAUUGGGAUCUCGAAGGGCCAGCUGGCGGACUAAUGCGGUCCCGCAAUGAUCCGCGAGGACGAGAAGACGGUGGUGGGCCCCAGGUGGAACUAUGUAAGAGGCGAAGCGCGAAGCGGGGGGGAAGAGGUCGUCUCGCCGCCGGCGGUGGCGUGGCUCAGGUGCCAGAAAGUGGCAGAAGAGGUGAAGGAUUACGACGACGAGGCCGAAUUAACGGAUGCGACGAUACAUCGUGGUACUGCGAGGACAUCCAAGAGCAGCGAGACAGGUAGCCGCAGAUGUUCGAUGCAGGAGGCCGAGGAAGACGACAAUGAAGGCGGCGGUGGCGGUGGUAACGGUCGCAGGAAGCGAAAGAAACGGCGGAAAAUACAGCUGCGGAGCAAACUGCAGCUGCAACAACCACAGCUGGAGGUGACGAUCAGUAGCGGUGGUCAACAGCGGUCACAUGCUACGCUCACCCUCGCUUCAUCGUCCGAUGAGGUUGAGGCGGUGGGCGAGUGCUCGAAGAGGGAUUCGUCCAGUAGUCUGGGUGGCGGUAGCCGGCAUAACACCCUACGGGAAUCCCUGCUGACAGUGUUAGGCAAGUUGGUGAUUUGGAAGGGCACUAGGUAUCGCUCCGCUACUGCCGCAUCGUCUUCCUCGUCGGUGCCGCCGAAUUCACCACCCGCCACCGAGUGCAUCGGUCGUAGCACGUCCUUCUUCUCCAGCGAAACAGAGAGGCGGAUUCGCGCCAACAAUCGCGAGUACAACUCACAGUUUAAUUAUGCGAAUAAUUACAUCAAGACGUCCAAAUAUACGGUUUUGACGUUCCUACCAUUGAAUUUGUUCGAGCAGUUUCAGCGGCUCGCUAACUUUUACUUCCUCUGUCUGUUGGUGCUUCAGAUUAUCCCCGCCAUAUCCUCCUUAACCCCUAUCACCACAGCCAUACCGCUUAUAGGGGUACUCACGCUCACUGCCGUCAAAGAUGCCUACGACGACUUUCAACGGCAUAGCAACGAUUCUCAAGUAAAUAAUAGAAAAUCCCAAACAUUGCGAGGAACUAAUCUUCGUGAGGAGAAAUGGUCGCAAGUUCAAGUGGGCGAUGUAAUCAGAAUGGAGAACGAUCAGUUUGUCGCAGCGGAUGUUCUGCUCUUGUCAACGAGCGAACCGAACGGUCUCUGUUAUAUCGAAACAGCAGAAUUGGACGGGGAGACGAAUUUGAAGUGUCGUCAGUGCCUGCCCGAAACUGCCGAGAUGAUGGAUAAUCAUGAAUUGAUCGGCCAAUUCGAUGGAGAAAUCGUUUGUGAAGUCCCGAAUAAUUUGUUGAAUAAAUUCGAUGGAAUACUCACGUGGAAAGGACAAAAGUACGCAUUGGAUAACGACAAGAUUAUUUUACGAGGCUGUGUUCUCAGGAACACGCAGUGGUGCUAUGGCAUGGUGAUCUUUGCAGGCAAGGAUACCAAACUGAUGCAAAACUCAGGGAAGACCAAAUUUAAGAGGACUUCUAUAGAUAGGCUGCUGAAUCUUCUCAUCAUCGGAAUAGUGUUUUUUUUACUUUCCUUAUGUUUAUUCUGCAUGGUCGGCUGUGGUAUUUGGGAAAGCUUGGUAGGUCGUUAUUUCCAAACAUAUCUACCAUGGGACUCGUUAGUGCCAAGCGAGCCCAUAACUGGUGCCACAGUGAUCGCUCUACUCGUGUUCUUUUCGUAUGCUAUUGUAUUGAACACAGUGGUGCCAAUCAGUUUGUAUGUGAGUGUCGAAGUUAUUCGAUUUGUUCAGUCAUUUUUGAUAAAUUGGGAUGAGGAAAUGUACUACGCGCCCACAAAAACGCACGCUAAAGCUAGGACUACCACAUUAAAUGAAGAGCUCGGCCAAAUAGAAUAUAUAUUCUCUGAUAAAACCGGGACAUUGACGCAGAACAUAAUGACUUUCAACAAGUGUUCCGUGGCGGGAAAAUGUUACGGCGACAUCAUCGAUGAGGUUACUGGCGAGGUCAUCGAUUUGAGCGAGACGGACAGAGCUGUUCCAACGCCGACGAUGCAAUGGAAAAGCGGACAGGAAUUCGUACGUCCAGUUUAUACUCCUUUAAGUGGUCCGAAUGUACGUCUUCUGGAACAAGCAGACAGAGUAUCCAAUACAACACCAGAACCCGGUAUCAACGGCAGUCCAAAGAUUCCACACAAGUCUUCAACAAUGCCACCUUUGGAUUUCUCGUUUAAUAAGGAUUACGAACCAGACUUCAAAUUCUACGAUCCUGCUCUGCUUGAAGCCGUGAAACGAGGGAAUCGAGAUGUCCACAGUUUUUUCAGAUUAUUGGCACUCUGUCACACUGUUAUGCCGGAAGAGAAGAAUGGCAAGAUUGAAUACCAAGCACAGUCGCCCGAUGAAGCUGCCCUCGUAUCUGCCGCUAGAAAUUUUGGCUUUGUUUUUAAGGAAAGAUCGCCCAACAGUAUAACAAUUGAAGUAAUGGGAAAAAAAGAAAUAUACGAAUUACUCUGCAUUCUGGAUUUUAAUAAUGUACGAAAGAGAAUGUCCGUAAUUUUGAGAAAAGACGGGCAUCUUCGAUUGUAUUGCAAAGGAGCGGAUAAUGUUAUUUACGAACGAUUGAAAAAAGGUAGCGAAGAAAUAAUGGCAAAAACAUUGGAACAUCUAAAUAAGUUUGCAAGCGAAGGUUUAAGAACAUUGUGCCUUUCUGUGAGGGACUUGGACGAAAAAUUUUUCAAUAAUUGGAAACAACGUCAUCAAGAAGCGGCAUUAAGUCAUGAACGCAGAGACGAUAAGCUGGACGCGAUUUAUGAAGAGAUAGAGAAAGAUAUGUCAUUAUUGGGUGCUACUGCCAUUGAAGAUAAAUUGCAAGAUGGUGUGCCUCAGACCAUUGCCAAUUUGAGUGUUGCUGGUAUUAAGCUUUGGGUAUUAACUGGUGACAAGCAGGAGACAGCUAUCAACAUCGGAUACUCGUGUCAGUUAUUAACGGACGAUCUCACAGAUGUCUUCGUGAUAGAUGCUACCACUUAUGAUGGCGUGGAGACACAAUUGGCGCGAUGUUUGGAUACCAUUAAGACAGCCUCGACUCAACAAAAACGACCAACUCUUUCCAUCGUCACAUUCAGGUGGGACAAGGAAAGCAGUGAUACAGAAUACAAUGCUAGUAGAGAUGAACAGGAUGAACAUGAAAUGGAGCAUUCAACAGGAUUUGCGGUGGUUAUCAAUGGACAUUCUUUAGUUCAUGCGUUGCAUCCACAGCUGGAAAAGCUUUUUCUAGAAGUGUCUAGUCAAUGUAAAUCUGUAAUAUGUUGUCGGGUGACGCCACUGCAGAAAGCGAUGGUCGUUGAAUUGAUUAAGAAAAAUAAAUCCGCGGUGACUUUGGCAAUUGGUGAUGGCGCCAACGAUGUUUCAAUGAUAAAAACGGCUCAUAUUGGCGUUGGUAUCAGCGGACAGGAAGGAUUGCAGGCCGUGUUGGCCUCAGAUUAUUCGAUAGGGCAAUUUAGAUUCUUAGAAAGAUUACUUUUGGUUCAUGGCAGAUGGUCAUACUACAGAAUGAGUAAAUUUCUUAGAUAUUUUUUUUAUAAGAACUUUGCAUUCACUCUUUGUCACAUUUGGUUUGCCUUCUUCUGUGGAUUUAGUGCGCAGACUGUGUUUGAUCCUAUGUACAUUUCUGUCUACAACCUAUUUUAUACUUCGUUACCAGUUUUGGCAGUUGGCAUUUUUGAUCAAGACGUUAAUGACAAGAAUAGUCUAAUGUAUCCAAAGUUGUACACACCAGGAUUGCAGAAUUUGCUUUUCAACAAAAAGGAAUUUUGUUGGAGCGCUCUGCAUGGAUUUUAUGCAAGUUGUGUAUUAUUUUUAGUACCUUAUGGAACAUACAAAGAUGGAGUGUCGCCAAAGGGUUACGUACUUUCUGAUCACAUGUUGCUAGGAAGUGUAGUAGCUACUAUAUUAGUUAUAGUUGUAACCGUUCAAAUAGCGCUCGACACGUCAUACUGGACAGUUUUUAACCAUAUUAUGGUGUGGGGUUCGCUCAUUUGGUAUUUUAUUUUAGAUUACUUCUACAACUUUGUCAUAGGUGGUAGUUAUGUGGGCAGCCUUACAAUGGCUAUGUCGGAAGCGACCUUUUGGUUUACAACAGUGAUUUCUUGUAUAAUCCUCGUUAUACCGGUACUUUCGUGGCGAUUCUUCUUUAUGGAUGUCAGGCCGACAUUAUCCGACAGAGUUAGACUGAAACAGAGGCUGGCACAAUUGCGUUCCCGUCAAAGUCAGGAUAUACUGCGUACACCGUCUACGAGACGUACACGACGAUCUCUACGGUCGGGUUACGCCUUCGCUCAUCAAGAGGGUUUCGGCAGACUUAUCACGUCCGGAAAAAUUAUGCGUAAAUUGCCAAAUGGUGCUGAUUUUAAGUUUUCUAUGCCGUUUACGAACAAUGUUACAAAACAAGUUAAUGUUGCCACAACAUCACCAAAGGACAAUAGUGCAUCUAGAAAUUCGCACACAUUGGACACGAUUAAUUUAUAAUAACUCGAGAAUGUUAGUUAAAAUUUAGUGCAAGACACUAAAGUGUAAGUGAUUCUAGUGAAUUUUUCUUAAUUUAUUUAGUUAUAUGAAUGUAUAUUAAGUCAAAAUUUUUAACGCGUCAAAUUCAUUGAUUCCGGUGUAUCCCAUUGAAUGAAAUCGGUUUUUUGUACCAAUUGAGAGGUAUAAGUGAUAUAUUAUGUGCAGUAUUCCCGAGGUUCUCAUAAAGAAUUGAUGUCUGUGAUUACAUUUAAUUUAAACAUUUAUUUUGAAGAACAUUUUUGAACAAUUAGAAACACUAUUAUGAUCUAUAAACGAUAUUUAUGAAUAAUAAAUAAUAACAUUAAAAUAAAUGCAUGUAAUCUUUAAUACAAAGAAUUCCAAUGGGAUACAUUGAAUUACACUACAAUAGAAGUAGCAUAUGCUAUUUAUGUCUAUACAUCACAUUAAGCAUUUAUAUACAAACCUGUUAUAAUUAUUACUUAAAUAUAUCUUUACGUGUUCAAUAGUUUUUUAAUUAUAUCUUUGCACUUUUGUCAAGUAAAUGAAACAUGCAUACUUGAUUUAAGAUUUUGAUGUUGCAAUUGUUUUCAUUAUAUAUAUAAAUGAUAAUUUUAUAAUCAUGUGUACACGGUAUGGAAAAAAAAUAGCUUAUGCUACAUUAUAAUAUGUUUGUAAUUGUUACUAUAAAAUUUCGUAUUUGUUAGAAAAUAAUCCUGAAUAUCUGAGCAUAUUGUGAACAAAUAAUUUGGUUUUUUUUUUUUUUAACAAAUGUUAUGAUAAUUGUAUGUGUUAAAUUCUCUUCGUAUGUUGAUAUAGAACAUUGAAGUAAGUAUUAAUAGAAAAUGUCGAAAAAUGUUUUUUAUUUAAUAUAAAAUUAAUUUUUAACCAUAUAAUGGAUAAAUGAAUUUAUUAUAUUAUGGUUACUUUUUUAUUCACGCAUAUAUUAUGGGUAAACUAUUAAUUUAUUAUUAACAUAAUAUAUUAGAAUAAUUCUUUUGCACAAUAUAUACAAAGCAUUUCUUUUAUUGAAAGUUCUAAACAAUUGGAAGAACACAUUUUCUGUAUAUAGUACUGUUUAUAAUUUUUGAUCCAUUUUAUUGAAAUGUAGCAUAAAAAUUAAUGUAAUAACGGUGAAAAGAAUAAUUUGCAUUGCUAUGCACUCCUCAUGUAUAUAACAGAAAUGUCACAUAGAGAGGUGUCAAAAUCUUGUAAAAAAUGUCUUAUCUCUCUUGUAUUAUAUUCUAGUAUGAACAUAGUUGUAAAAACAGAAAAUGUUUACACGAUAUAUUAUGAUAAGAAUAGUAGUUAUAUUAAUAAUUGCCUUUAUAAGAUAUGAAUACAACAAAUGAUUUAAAAUAUUGUAUCAUAGCAUUGAUUGUAAAUAUUUUAAAGAGAUAUAUAUUAUAUAUUAAAUGUUAAGUAUACAUUUUUUAAAAGAAAGUAAUAUAUAGAUAUAUAUAUAUAUAUAGAUCGAUUUAAAGGAAAUAUGAAGAUAGUAGCUAUAUUGUAUUGCAUUAUCACGGAUAAAAAGUUUGCCUUGGACUGACUACUGAAUAUAUAUAAUAUUAAAAUGAAAAAGAAACAGUAGUAAAACAAUGGAGAGUAUGUAUUUCUACUUUUAAUAUUACAAUACAGCUUAGGGAGAAAUAGUCUGUAUGGGAAAAAUGUUUCACAAUCAAAAGAUCUUUCUCAAAUGGAAAAUUUUAAAAUUUUAGUUGCUUUGAAAUAUUGUGCCUAAACAAAUUAUACAGAGCGUUUCAAAUUCACUUAAAAUUUCGUUAGUUUAUGUGAGAUGUACUUUUCGUUUUCUAUAUGAAUAACAAACAAAUGUGAAAUAAGUAUAUGGAUUAUUUUAAAUUAUUAGUUUCACAGGUAAAGGCAUUCAUUAAUUUAUGCAAUAAUCUCUUUUGUAUCAUAAAAUAUAUGCUUAUCCAAAGUUUGCAAUACAAAAAUGAAUUCUUUCUUAUAAGCUUCCAAAGUUUUUCUUUCGCUUAUCAUAAAACAUUAAAUUUUUACAUGUUACAGUUUUAAAGAAAAUAAAUUACUGAGAAAUUCGUGAAAUGGUAUAGAGUAUAAUGUUUAUUUUCAAUUUGAAUGAUAAUUGUUGAGUUUUAUAUGACAUAUUCCGUUAUAUUAUCAUAUAUAUUAUUUAUUGCAAAAAAAAUAUUUUAAAUUUUUCUUUGAAAAUUUUUUUGAAUGGAGAAAUUUUGUUUUUAAAAUAAAAUUUACAAAUAAUAAAGCAUUAUUUGCGUAAAUAAUUUUUGUAUGUGGUGAAGAUAAAAUACUUAUCAAGAAUCAUAAAUGGACUGAAAGAAUAUAUUUAAAAACUAAAAACGAUGCUAUAAUUGUAUAAAUUUCGUCAAAUCAGAUAAUGAAAUAUAUACAUUAUACUGUCAUGAUAAUUUCUCAUUAUUGAAAUAUAAACAUGUUCGCUCUUCAUAUAUGGAUAAAGUAAACUUAUAUAAUUAUAUUAGUAAAAUAUAAUAACUUAUAUUUUUUAGAAAGAUUGAUUUAUACAUUUAUUUUCAUUACUUUUUAUGUUAUUCAUAAUUUUUUAAUUAUCAAUUUCUGCAAGAUUGUUAGCAUGCAUGAUGUACACGUAGCUUGUCAAUUACAAAUAACAUCCUCAUCUGCAAAAUUAAAUAUCGAAAUUCUGAAAAGAUGUAUUUUAUAACAUCUAUGCUGUACAAAUUUAUUUUGGUGUUAUAUAUUAUAAAUAAUUUACUCUUUUUUUUUUAUUUCAACACUACAUAAUUUAAAGUCUAAAAGCUUUCUAUUAACAUCUGAAUUAAUAUUUUGAUUAAUAUUGCAUAAAAAAAUUAUACAUAAUUACAGAUAUUUGGAAAUUUUGGUAAUUAAUCUUGAUGUGCUUACUUACUGUAAAACGUAUAAGUAAUAUAUAAUCAUAAAAUAUUAUUGAUUGCAUAAGAGGUAUUACAAUGUGUAUGUUAUAAGUCAAAUGCUGAAUCAAAUUUAAAAGCAGAGUAUGUCUGUCUGUUGUAUGUGCUCAUUAUGUAUCAGAUAUUAAUCGGUAGAUAUAGAAUUAAAAAAAAAACAUACAAAUUUACUUCAGUUUUAACUUUCCUAAAGCAGUUUGUGCAUAUUCGCAAACAUUUCAUUUUUUUGUUUUCAUACAUAAGUUUUUUAUGAAAUAAUAUACAAUGAAUAAAAUAAUAUGAAAUAAUAUGAAAAAUUAAAUAGAAUAUAAAUAAAUGCACGUAUAUUAUAUAUGAUUUGCUAAAUAGUAUCAAGAAUUUCCUUAUCUGAAUAUUUUUUGCUUGAAACAAAUCAUUAUUUUGUCAGUAAUUUAGUUUUUUGAUACUGUACCUAGUAUUUUUUUGUUGAUAUAUUUUUACUUUUAAUAUACAGAUUCACACUAUUGAUAUUU